UGGAGAGGUGAAGUAGAGCAGGUAGUGUCGGGAGAGGGUUUUCUCUACGCUUCUUCAGUUGAAUUUAUUUCACACUUCUUCAAUUGCUCCGCCUUCAUCUCCGGCGACUCCUCCGCCACCGCCCUUGCGUCAACUGAAACCUCUACGAUGUGAUCCGCCGCUUCUCUUCUCUCUCCUGGUGUUUAAUUUAUCGCUGUUUCUCUCUCAUAAGUGAGUUGCGAGAUAUGGAUGAAAACGGACGAGAGAACAGAAGGCAUCGGAUGGAUUAUCAUAAAGUUCCACAGUGGAAUGCAAUGCCCCAGCAUCAGAUUAAGGAACCAAUUGCUUUCGGAAUGAAUGCUAGACUCAUGAUGCUCUGCAACGAACGGGAUGAUGCCAUAAGAGAGCGGGACAGAGCAAUGGCUGAGAAGAAGGCGGCUUUGGAUGAACGAGACGCUGCUGUCAAGCAACUCGACACAGCAGUCAUGGAGCGCGACGAGGCCCUGAGAGAACGCGACAAUGCCAUUGCUGCCCUCCAAUUCCACGAGAACACAGUGAACGCUCUAUUGGUGAGUAGUGCACGUGGAUCGAAGCGUACGCAUCAUCCUACGAGAGAAGAUUGCAUACGCGAUGAUGCAUCAUAUGAAGCUCCCGUUUCAAAGAAAGGGACGAAAGCGAAAGCUAACAAGGAUUCUCCGAUGAGAUCAGCUAGAUCGCCAAAGAAAGGGAAGAAGAUAGGGGAGGACUUGAACAGGCAAGUCACGACUGAUGGAUCCAAGGCUGAAUGGGAUGCUCAGGAUCUCGGUUCCAUGAACCAGAUCAUGUUUGAUGAAUCGAGCAUGCCAGUGCCCGUGUGCUCGUGCACUGGAGUUCCCCGGCAGUGCUACAAGUGGGGCAACGGGGGCUGGCAGUCUUCGUGCUGCACCACCUCCCUGUCGGUGUACCCUCUCCCCCAAAUGCCAAACAAGAGGCAUGCGCGAAUGGGAGGCCGGAAAAUGAGUGGGAGCGUCUUUAGCAGAUUGCUUACGAGACUGGGGGCAGCUGGGCAGGAUCUGUCGAGUCCCGUUGAUCUGAAGGACUACUGGGCUAAACAUGGAACGAAUCGCUACAUAACCAUCAAGUAAACUCCGUAGCAAUGCUGUUUGUUUGGAGUUGUGUUUCAUUUCAUGAUGGCCUUCGUUGUGCGCUUUGUAUUUGUAAUAUAUGGAUUUGAUUGCAAAUUGGUUUUGUAAUGUUGUAAUCUUUAGUUUGAGAAGAAGUUUUCAUCCUCUGAAGGAAUUUUAUUUUA